AUGGCGAGUACGAGUCUGAGCAUCAUACGGCCUUUGGCUUCUUCUCCUGGCCUUCAAAUAUCACCGUCACAGCUACCGCCUCGGCCAAACCGCCUUCGGGUUUGUUGCUUCUCUCGUGGGAUUUCUACUGAGAAAACCUUGACGCAGAUUGAGAGUUCAGGUGUCAUCGCCUGCCUUCGUGCCAAUAGUGCAGAGCUGGCAAUUGAAGCUGCGUGUGCUGCACUUCAUGGUGGCAUUUCAGUUCUGGAGAUUGUGAUGUCUACCCCAGGUGUGUUUGAGGUUCUACAGCAGCUAGUACAUGACCAUCCUACAAGAGUCCUAGGGGUAGGAACUGUACUAAAUGUUGAGGAUGCCAAAAGGGCAAUGAUAGCAGGAGCCAAGUUUCUUAUGAGUCCUGCUAUGGUUAAGGACAUUUUGGAUGAUCUUCAAUAUAGUGGAGUUUUAUACAUACCCGGUGUUAUGACCCCAACAGAGAUAUUGUCUGCAUAUGAUGCUGGUGCCAAAAUUGUCAAGGUUUAUCCUGUUUCUGCAUUAGGUGGCUCACAAUAUAUAUCAGCUAUCAAGAAGCCUUUUCCCCAUAUCUCAAUGGUUGCUUCUCAAGGCAUAACAACAGAUUCAGUUGGGGAGUAUAUUGCUCAGGGAGCAUCGUCGGUUGUUUUAUCAGAUGCCAUAUUUGAUAAAGAAGCAAUGGGUCAAAAAAAUUUCACUAAAAUCUAUCAACUUGCAAAUGCCGCAGCUUUGCAUGGCAAUGAAGCUGUAGACCGUUUGCCUUUAUCAUAUUAA